GGACUUAACGUUGGAAUUAACUCAAGCCCUUUGAGUUCUUAUGGAGAACUUGUAUUUUUAAACAAAACAUCUAGAUAUUGCUCAUUCAGAUCUUUUGGUCCGUCUCAUUUUCUUCUGGAGGACAUCUUGUGAGAAGCCUAAAUAAUGCAGGCUAUCAGGGACCUCAAGCACAAUUUCAGUCUCCCUCCUCCGCCUUCCAUGACUGGAGCUGGGGAUUCCUAUCACCAGGGCAACAUCCGAAUGACUCUGGAGGAUCCGGAGCUGUGGAGAUCCUUCCAUGAGAUCGGCACUGAGAUGAUCAUUACCAAACCUGGCAGGAGGAUGUUUCCACACUGCAAAAUCAGCUUGUCUGGAUUGGUGCCAUAUGCAAAGUACAUCUUACUGGUGGACAUGGUGCCAGAAGAUGGUCUGAGAUAUAAGUGGAACAAGGACAAGUGGGAGGUCGCUGGUAAGUCUGAGCCUCAGCCGCCCUACAGGACGUACCUACACCCUGAUUCACCAGCGCCCGGCAGCCACUGGAUGAAACAGCCCGUGUCCUUCCUCAAGCUCAAGCUUACCAACAAUGCCCUGGACCAACAUGGGCAUAUUAUCCUUCACUCCAUGCACCGCUACCAUCCGCGUUUCCAUAUCGUCCAGGCUGAUGAUCUGUACAGCGUACGGUGGAGCGUCUUCCAAACCUUUACCUUCCCCGAGACAUCCUUCACUGCUGUCACUGCAUACCAGAACACAAAGAUUACAAAGUUGAAAAUCGACCACAACCCCUUUGCCAAAGGAUUCAGAGAUGAGAGCACAAACUCUAAAAGACGAGCAAAUCGAAGUAUGGCUGAUCCUGAAAGAGUUGCAAAGAAGAUGAACUUGUCAAAAGAUUCAGAACAUGGAAGCCCACGAGAUAUCCAGCAGUCCUCAUGUGAGGGUCUUGAUGAUGAACAUGUGGGCCGUAAGGAGUCGGAGGUGAAGCCCGAGCGGUACUCCCCAUGGGCAGGUGCGUGUGACCGGGACAACGGCCACGCUCUCCGUGCAGAGUCCCCUCUGGGCUCGGACACUCGGGAAAUUUACAGCUCUGAGCAGCUCGUACCGGGACAAAACACAUACCAGCCUUACAGAUUUCAUGAAUAUGGCAAGUCCCCCUCGCCGUCCUCCUCCAGUGUUGGCAGCAGCAGUGGAUGUGGAAGCCGCCCCAGCUUUGAGUCCCGAGUGCCGGAUGCUGCCACCGUGCCCGAUCAAGACACCUCCAGCAAGCCCUCCGCCCCUGAGUUCGGCCUGCCUCCCUGCCCGCCACAUCCCUCCGCGGGGCACCAGGACUACGCAGGAGUGCUGAACAUGGCCAUAGCCCAGGCCAAGCCAGGUAUUCUGGGCCACCAUCCGCUCUACACGCCCUACAGUACAGAACAGUCUCUGGGACAGUGGAGCGGGGUAGCGUCCACUCAAUACCCCCCUCCUCCACCUCCCCAUCACCACCUUCCCACCGAAUACAGCACCCAGGCCGUCCAUCACGGCUAUCACCACGGAAAUGUAGGGGACUGGAGCCAAUACCCACUGUUUUCUUACUCGUGCUGGUGAGCGAGAGACGGGACGCUUUCUAAAGUCUUGCACAAUGAGAUCUGGAUCUUCAGAUGAUGGGGUACCUGUGAGUGCCAGAUAAACACUGAGCGAAAGUGUAAUGAGGAAGUGGCACUAACUAGAAUGUUGUUCGGGAGUCAACUUGGAUGCAAAUAGAAAAUAAAGAACCUGCUUCAGUUUAACUGAAAAGAGUAUGUCUGCUGAUCUGAGGGUCUUUGUUUUCUGUGAGAAAAGACUGUGCUUGUCAAUUGUGCUGCAUUAAACGCAUUUGGAAAUGGACUUUUGAUACUUUUUGACUUGAAAACUCAUGCCUGCGUACCGAGGACCAAGAACGGACUGGUUUUCUGGGCUUUGUUGUUAAAAUGUCUAUUUAUUCUGUGUUUGCGUUUGCUGCUACUUAAUAUUGUUUUUGUUUAAAAAAGAGAAUCGUGUAGUGUAAAAUGCUGUUUGGAAAUUACAAUAUUGUAUG